GCUCAUCUUGUCACCCUAUGCUACAUGGUACGUAAUAUAAGCGGUUCGGUAGAAGACUGAAAUCGGUUGAGGAAUUCAUCGCUGCAAAGGGCUGCAUGAAUGAAACGAAAGUUCCAUAGGAGUUUCUUCACGACGACAACAGCAAAACCCCUCUCGAGUUCGAACUGGACAAGUAUGGCGGUAUUUGUGUUCUUUCAGAGCACAUAACGAGUCGAGACUGGAAGCUCCAGUCGCAUAGUUUGAGUAUACAGUUAGCAGUAAAACUCACUGCUAUUAUAAAUUUAUUCCAGUUUCGAGCAGCACCCAUCAAUCGCCACUGCCAGGUUACGUUGCGUUAAACAAUCGCAUCAAAUUUGGAUUAUAUAUUUUCCUAUGGUUGGCAUGAAACACAACGUUGGGUAACAUGUGAGUGUCUGUUGCCUUUUAAAAUUAGGCGACGAGGGUAUUUUUGUACAAGAAGAGAGAUUGCAAUCGACGGUUGGCUGCAGCGUGUUGAUGGGUUCAGGACCACCUAUUGGAACGUGAAAAGUUUUAAAUAUUUUUAUGUGGAAUGCUUUAUGCAUGAUUCAUCGAAAACAAAUGUGUCGUGUCUAAGAAGAGAAUUUCUAAAGUGAAACUGUGCAACACCUAUAAUCCACAACAUCAUCAUCAUCAUUACUGUAAUCCUAAAAAUGAUUUAUAUCUCAACCCAUUGCUUGUCAAUGCACGCAAUGAGUUUAAAAUCCAGCCAGAAGCAAGAAGUCACAGUGUUUACAUGAGCGAAAAUGCAAGAAGCGUCAUUCGCUACACUGUAUAUAGUAGAAGCGUGUGACGACAGGUGAUGUGAUCCGUUAGUGGAUAAAAAAUAGAAAAAAAAAUGCUACAGAAAUAAAGCGGUCGAAGAACUUGCCUCAGUGAGUCAAGUGCUAUGACAAACAAGUGCCACGGAGGAGUAGGGAGUGCAAAAGAAGCGCGCGAGGAGAUUAAUAUGAAAAGGUGAUCAGUAAAGAGCAUAAAAUGUUUUGCAGCUAAAAAUAUACCUUUGGCGUCCGUGAAUUUACACACGAGAGUGCAUUUAAAUGUUGUGUUUUUUUUUCUUUUUCGAAAAUAAUUCCAAUUUUGUGCCUGAUUGCAUUCGCAUGCACGCAGUUGUGUUAUGAAAACGUAAGAAACGAAAAACGAGCUUUUUGUACGCACACACCGUUUUGGGCCAAUUCAGGCUAGCCCAUAGUGAUGUUGACCAAGAAGUGACGGAGCAAACAGUGCGGUAGCAAGAAAAAAAAUAACACCAUUCAAUGACAGACAAAAGUGAAAUCAAGCUAAAGUUGAAGAUGAAUGAGUCAGGAGUUCCUGGUGGAAGUAAUAGCAGCACUGUGGCGAUGUCUGAGCCCGGUAACGAUUUGUCGAAAGUAGGCGGAAACAGUAACAUGAACGGUGGCAGCAAUACUAUCACUGUCGGAAAAGUUACAUCUGAUGAUAACGGUGCCGAUGUGGGACCAGACAUGAUGAUGAGUCCCACGGGAGUAGUCGUUAACAAUGGUGGUCACCAGCAUCAUCACCACCAUCAUCACCACCACAGUCACAUUCAUCAGCAGCAACAGCCUCAGUCAGUUGUAAUGAGUAAUGGGUCUGGUGCUUUCUACGAUCAGAAAUCCGAUAUUUCCUCUACAGUACCAACGGAGGAGGACGACGGACUUGGACCCUUACCACCCAAAUGGGAGAAAGCGUAUACCGAUAGUGGAGAGGUGUAUUUUAUCGAUCACAACUCCGGUACAUCACAUUGGCUUGAUCCGCGGCUGUCCAAGUUCCAGAAAAAAACACUCGAGGAUUGUCAGGAUGACGAGCUACCCUACGGAUGGGAGAAAAUUUGCGAUCCCCAUUACGGUACGUACUACAUCGACCAUGUGAACCGGAAGACCCAGUAUGAAAAUCCAGUCCUGCAGGCGAAACGAAUGAGUGAACGUGGAAAUGUAGGAAUGUCCAUGGGGCCGGGCUCCAGCGGGAUGAAUAACUACGGUAGCCAGAAUGGAAGUACAGGUCACGACGAGACAGGAACAGGCAUCGGGAGACCGAACCAUUUUACGAAGAAUCCUGGAAAUUUGAGAGGUGAAAGGUUUAUGACGACAUUGGUCAAGUCGACUCGAGGUCUGGGAUUUACAAUAGUUGGAGGUGAUGAUAAUGUGGAAGAAUUUCUGCAGAUUAAAUCGAUUGUUCCGAAUGGACCAGCUUGGAUCGAUGGCAAGCUAAAGACUGGAGACGUAUUGGUCUAUGUAAACGAAAUUUGCGUACUGGGAUUUACGCAUCAUGAGAUGGUGAAUAUAUUCCAAUCUAUUUUGCCAGGAGAGGAGGUGCACUUGGACGUUUGUCGUGGAUACCCGUUGCCAUUUGAUCCCAAUGACCCAAAUACAGAAGUAGUGACGACCAUUGCCGUAGAUGGGCUGAAUAAUGGAGCAAUGUCCGAAUCGGAUCUUAAAUUUUUGGAAACCGGGGGGUUCAUGGAUCCAGGAGAUGUUCAACAUAAGAAUCCACUGGCGAAAAUUCAAUCCGGUGGAGCUACGGCGAACGGUGGAGAUGUUUAUUUCAGUGAUACGCACCCAUAUCAACAGCACUAUAAGAGCAAGGAGGGAAAUUUUGAAAUACCGGAAAUUCUGCACAUCAACAUAGUGAAAAGUGAUACCGGGUUUGGUUUUACCAUAACGGAUAGCUCGUAUGGUCAGAAAGUGAAGAAAAUUUUAGACCGUCAGUGCUGCAAGAACCUACAAGAAGGUGAUAUUUUGUUAAGCAUCAAUUCUAUUCCUGUGAAGGAUGUGACACACAAUGAAGUAGUGCAAGUUUUGAAAGAUUGUCCCAAGAACAUCGAAACAACUCUAAAGGUUCAACGAGGACCUUCUGCGUUACUAGUAGGUAGUAGUAAAAUGACCAAUAAGCUGAGGAAAAGUAUAGAACUUGCCAAAUUCGGUGGAGGUUUACUCAAAAAAGAAGGAUACGGUAUAGGAGGCAAUAGUUUGUUUAGAAGUAAGACUCCCACUGCCGAUUUGUAUAGCACGCAGGCCAAGGAAAUUCUUCCCACAAGACCGAAGACUCCUUUGGUGGAUACUAGAGCCCGAGCCAAAACGCCUUCUUUGCCAUUAUCCGAUCUGAAUACAGAAGAAAUCGAGUUGGACGUCAAUAAGAACACUGGUGAUUCCAAGAUCGAUAUAAACUUAAAUCUUAAAUCUAAUAGCAGCUCGCAUGAUAAUGACUCUAUUGCGAACGACAUUGGAUCAUUCAACAAUGACGACCAAUAUCGAUUGGUAAAACAUUCGAAUCUCGCGGACCGACUAGGAGAGCUAACGAUAAGUAGUUCAAACAACAGUACCACUGACAACAUCUACCACAACCAUCAACCUCAGUACGGCCCUGGUGGGCAUCUUCAGCACCAAUCAAAUUUCAAUCAGAACUAUAACCAACUCUAUUCACCUCCCCUCGUUCCUCCCCCACCAGUGCCUCCAAUAUCAACGAACAACCACGGAUAUGGACAUAAUCCUCUUCUGCAGCCAACGUAUCAUCAUGAAAGUUGUUUUUGCUACGAUUGCCAGGACUAUCAACGCCAACAGCAGCAGCUUCACCAGCAACAGCAAAACAUGUAUCAGCAACAAACUAUCAACCGUUCGUAUAUGAACAACUCAAGCCAUAUGCAGCCACAACUUCCUUAUCAAUUGCCGCCUCAAAUGAGUGACAACAUUGGUAAACGACUGAACGAAUACUUACUGGAUCGAAAACGGUCGCUUCAUCAGCAGCCUCCUCAACACGCACAGUAUGACAAUCUUUACCAUCAUCACAAAGCUCCAGUUCCACUGCCUCCACAGCACCAACAUCAACAAGCUCCAGUUCCAUUCGAUCAGCAUUUCUAUCCGUCACCUGCCAACAGUUGGCAUGGGCCUUCAGGAGGAAGUGGUGGUGGUAGUCAACAUUCACCACAGUUGUACGGUGGGGGUGCCAUGUAUCCAGCUCCUGUUCCUAUGGAUGACUACACUUUAACGGAAGUAGUCCUGGAACGGCAGGCACUGGGAUUCGGGUUUCGCAUUGUCGGUGGUACAGAGGAAGGAUCACAGGUGACAGUUGGGCACAUAGUUCCCGGUGGAGCUGCCGACAAAGAUACGAGGAUCGCAUCCGGUGACGAGAUAUUAAACAUAAACGGAGUCAAUGUGGAAAAUGCCUCACAUCACCGAGUAGUGCAACUGAUGGGCGAAGCUGGUCUUAGAGGUCAGGUCACGAUGAUUCUUCGGCGACGAAAACCUAGUAAACCUCCUCCACCACCGCCUAAUCCUCGCAAUCCGUGUAAUGUGCUGGUGUCUCGAAGCGAAAACGAGGGUUUCGGCUUCGUAAUAAUAUCCUCUUCGGGUCAGUACCAUGGAUCAUCUAUCGGUGAUCUCAUCCCAGGCAGUCCGGCGGAGCGAUGCGGUGAGUUAAAAAUCGGCGAUCGAAUAGUGGCCGUCAACUCGAUCGACAUAUCUGGUAUGAAUCACAGCGACGUGGUGAAUCUGAUCAAAGAGUCAGGUCUUCAGGUGCAGCUGACGAUCAGUUGCCCCCGACCGGACGGUGCGGGUUCGGGGCUGAUGCAGACGACGACUGGUCUAACAUCGGCAGCCGUUGCAGCAUCCAAUGCGUCUAACACCAGCGGAAACGAAAUGUAUGUUAGUAGCAGCAAUGGCAGCAGUGGCCCUUUGAUGAAUCGAUACCCGACGAUUAUGUCCUGAUUAAGAACGAAAGUGCUCCUGCAACGCCAAUCAGUGUCGAUUGAGGAGGUAGAAGAUGAAUGAAUGAUAAUUAUCAUUUGUUUUCUUUCUGUUGGAACCAAAGCAUUUUUUAUCUACUUUUAAGUCACGUAAGUAUAUGCCGACUAGAAUAAGUCGUAUUUUAAGUCGAAUGGAUAUUUUUUACACGAAGUAAAACGUUAGCUUGUUUAAUAUAGGAAGAAGAAAUGAGAAUAACAACAAAGGAGUUGCUCAAUAGAAACGAAAUAAUAUCAGGUUACAGACGUUGACUGACGCCAGCUCAGAUUGUACUUGUUUUCUAUUUCACUAUUGAUUGAAUUCGCAACAAGAUGUCAGAACACUGCAUCUCAGGAAUAUAAUGAAUGACAAACAGAAAAAAAACCUUUUGGAAAAUUAAAAUCCAUCUGCUUUACAGAAAUUUUUAGUAAACCAGAAAUUUCAUUCUUUACAUGAAAUUGUCCUACACUGUUUGUGAAAUGUUGUUGUUAGUCUUGUUUCAAACAGUUUUUAUGGACAUCACAAAAGUUUCCAACCACUUAUAUUCAGAUUUUUUUUACAUUGAAUUUAGACAAACCGAGCGAUACUAUGCAAAUCACACUUGCGUCGUACGGUUGAGUGCUUUCCCAACGCGUUUGUUUUCUCUCAUACAUUUGUUGUAGUAGGGCGUGGGAAAAUAGUGCAUAUUCCUCAUAUACAUAUAGAACAGCACAUAUUACAAUUAUAAAUAUAACAAUAGUACAUACUGCUGGUACUAUCAAGCCACGUGAAACCGAUUCAAUGGCGACGUAGAAAGCUGUGGUAUAAAAUAAACUUAACUGAGCAAACAAAACGUUGCAAAUGCCAUCAAGUCUACCAACGUCAGACGUGAUCGUCACAACAAAAAGAGCCUUAGCAGAAACCCAUAACAUAAUAUAAUAAUUGCUCUCAGAAACAGUAGAUUUUACGUGUAUGAUGUAGCAUUUAUCGGAACAUAACUUUAACGGACUGAAGUGAAGCAAUUGCUAUCCAGUUGGCUGAACUCAAUUUUAUCAAUGACGGAACAUAUCAUCCUGCAAAAAAUAAAAGAAACUAACGCAUGACCUGUUUGAUAGUUAGCUUUGCACACCUUCAAUAUAGUCUUCCACCCGGUGAUAAAUAAAUAAUCAUAUCCGUGGUCUGACUGUUGUUUCAGAACCAUCAACCCAUACAAGCGAUAACUGUGAAUUAUCUUGCCUUACCUAGUAUUAUGCAAACAUACCGAUAGAACCAUAUUUAGAAGGAGCUGACUUUUUUUGAAUCAAAUCGUUAGAUUGCAGCAAAUAGUGGAAUAUUUCUAGUUUUUAUAUGUUUUUUUUAAAGGUUAGGAAAUCUAAAUCUCACUCUAUUAAAAUCUUUUCUGAUCAUGAGCUCAUUUAUGUUUGCCAAUACUUUUGAAAUGAUCAAAAUUCGUAAAAACAGUAGCAAAAUAUGAACUAGUAUGUAAUGCGGUGAAAAAAUCGUGGAGAAGCUAGUGAUAUUCGGUACAGAUUUAAUUACCUUACUCGAACGAAAUAAUAGUUUUGCAGUAAGUAAGUGCCUCCAAUUAGUUGAUAGUAUGCAGCGCCUUGUAGAACCUCCGCGUGCUCUCUUUUUACGGAGGAAAAACCUGUUUGUUAGUGGUAUUAUGUGGAAUGUAAUGUACUUAAUUGGAACCCUGUACUUCAGAUCAUACUAUCUUUUUAUACAAAAAACAUGUAGCCUAAAAUAUUGUAGAUGUAUCUCAACCUUUUGAAAAGAGGAAAAAUUAUCACGAGUUAUAGGGUAAUUAGUACAUAUAUUUUAGUAAGUUUUUAAGUACACAUUGUUGUGGAGCAUGCGCGUAACUGACCCCAGAAACUGUACUAUACUCUGUAUUAGCGCAAUGUUUAGAACAAAACAUGCACUCGAGGCAAUACAAUAAAUCAAAAUAAAGCAAAUGA